UAGAAUCUUGAUGAAUAAAUUAAAGUUUUCCCCAUUUGGAUUGUGCUAAUCAACAGUCUGGUAGACUCACUCCAUUUUUACCCCCGAAGAUCUAGCUACCCAUGUGGUCAGGCUAGCCUUCCAUGUGAUUCAGGCCAGAGCAACCAUUCAAUGGGAGCAGUGGCAUGAUUUGUAUGCAAUGCCUGAAUCCUUAGCUGGUGGUUCUAUCUUUCGUUUCCGCACAGAUGUCACCUGUAACCUGUGGUUCCGCUCAACUGGGUCUCCAGAGGGUCAGUGAUCAUGUUCGACACGAGACGUGGUGCUUUUCAGUGCAGGACAUCGCCACUCGCCGCUUUCACCGUCCUUCCACAGCUGGGCUCGGCGGUCGGGGCGGGUCGGCGCGGUCAUGUGGGGCGAUCGCGGCAGGUGCGGUGCAGAGGAGCGCCUGGCAGACUGGGCUGGUCCGGUGUCGGCAGGGAGCUCCCGCAACCACUUUGAAGAGCUCUUCAAUGCUGAUGCUCCCGAGGAGGCACAACUGAGGGCGGAAACCCUCCUAGAGGCGGCGGAACGGCUGAGAGAUGAGCGCAUGAAGGUCUUGGGGUUGUGCAAAUCGGUGGACGCGCUGGUGGCCCAGCAGAGCGUCACACAGGAGCUCGCCGCUGAGGCCAUGGCAAAGGUCCGAGAGGCGCAGCAGCUCUGCGAAGAGCUGGGAGACUUCGAGGAGGGAGAAGCAGCUGUGAGCUAUGCCAGCGCGCGGUGCCACUUGCGCUAUGGGGGUGCCGAUGAAGAGAUGCAGGACAAGGCCCUGGAGGAUGGGGCGGAAGCUGCAGCUCUCUGCCGUUUGGUGGGCAGCAAGAAAGGCGAGGCCUUCUCCUUGCUGACAGUGGGCGAUGCAUACCACCAGGGUAAGGAAGCAGACAAAGCCCUCGAAUACCACCGAUCUGCUGCAGGCGUCUUCAAGGAGAUCGGCGACUCUGGUGGAAGUGCUUUGGCGUACCGAAAGGUGGCAGAAGAUUUUCUGAAGCUCAAGCGGGACGUGAAGAAGGCUACAGCCAAUGCCAAGCGAGCGAUUUCCAUCUUUCAGGAGAUUCAAGACCCUCCAGCGGAGGCCAACGGCUGGCACUUGUUGGCAGAGAUUUAUGUGGCUGAGGGCGACCUCGCCAAUGCCAGUGAGUGUGUGACCAACGCCCGGAGCCUUUGCAAGAGCCUCAAGGACCAUGUGGCUGAGACCAAGGCCAUGGAGACGCUCGUGGCGGCCUUCUUGGAGAACGACCAAUUCCCUGAAGGGAUCCAGGUUGCGAAGGAGAUUGUGAGUGUACAUCACAAGGCCAAUGACAAGGAGCGUGAGGGCUUUGCCCUGGUGUCCUUGGCGCAGCACCUCUUACGUCUCUCGGACUUCCGAAACGCGGAGAAGGUCUCCGGCGCGGCCGAGUUCAUCUUCCGGAGCAUCCACGAAAAGGAGGGUGUGAAGAUGACACAAUCCCUCAAGGAGGCAGCGGAGCAUGGCCUGAAAGCGGAGCAUAUCCAACAAGCCGUGGCGCAGCGGCAGGAGUUCCUGAACCUCCCGCAGCCUUUGAUCAUCGAUCCGGGCAGGAAGACACGGAUGCAAGAGGCCUUCAAUGAAUUUGCGAAAUCCGCGUGAGGGCGGCAUCAGUGCUUCAGUAUCUUCAGUGCAGUCGGAGGGUUCUCCAGAGAUUUGAUCUUCAGCCACGAGGAAGCCGUUGCCACGUCGUUCGUCCCCACAAAAAAAGGAAGGCUUGAAAGCACCAUGUGGAUGAGUCCUUCUUUCC